AUGCACAAAAUCACCAAUUUCACGGGCCAGGCCCGUCAUGGAUGGGAAAGGAUGACCCCGACCUUUGGCAUGUCCCGUCCCCAUCAGGACAUGUCGAAUCAAGCCCUUCGACGACCCCACGGCCCUCCUCCAGUCACAGUCCCCCCUGGAGUCGAUACCACCGUAACUCUCUCCUUCAAUGUCCCCUUCUCCUCGAACCUUCCCGGCCCUGAUCCCGAAGACAUCCUACACUCAAGUCCAGGCGCUUUCCAAAGGUGGACAUUCCCUGAGGGAACCCCGGAAGGUACCCCGAUCCACAAGCUCCCAGUCCACGCAAGCAACCUAGAUGCCCUGAGAAAGCUAUGUCGAAAUGUUAGCGAGUCCAGCCAUGGCAGAAUCGAAGCUACCGUGACCUCAUCAGAACCCAAGGCCGUCGCCUCGUUACAACGUCGCCCUCAGGGACUCGUAACGAAUGUGUGCAUUUCCGGCGAUGGCGAAACCGUUCAACAAGUACGACAGAAUAUUUUGAAGGAAACCCCAAUAGCUCUGAAAUGCGCUACGCUUGACAUCGAUGUCAAUCUAGUUAUGGAUAAAAAUACGAAUGGUGUCCGGUCAAGUGUACUCGAACACCUCGACACGUUGGCGCGGUAUACCGGAGCAGAUAUCUUCUUACUAAGCCCCAAAGUCCUCGAUGCGGACAGCGCCAUCGUGUCAUCAUAUGGUCAUUCGACAGAAAACGGGUUAGAUCACCGGUUCCGUGUUGCCAUAUACAGCGAUGUAGAAAGUGCGGAACACGCCAAAACUAGAGUCUUGAUCAUGAUCGAUCAAAUUUUGAAACGUCGUGUCGAUGCAAUGAAGCUUGAGCUAUCAAUGCAUACGCUGGUUUGUGGCCGUACCCGCAAGAAUAUCAAAUUUAUCGAAGCGUCAACAAACACUGCCAUCUACUUCCCACCACCGUUUCCACGAGUUUUUGGCUACACCCCGCCUGGAGGUAGCCGAAGGAGCGAAGAUGAAGUUUACAUCACCGGUGAAACUCAAGAGCAAAUUAGCCUCGCGAAGCAAAAGUUGCACGACCUAGUCAGCGGAGUCAAGAUUUUCAUGAAGAACGUUAAGUUAUCAUCAAACAAAAUCGACAAUAUUCUCCUAGAUCGCUUGGAUAAAGUUCGGAAAGUGAUGGAAGCAAAUGGCACAUACGUUCUCUUCCCAUCGCUAGGCAGCCAGCAUGGUAUUGUUCGCGUUCAAGGGUCCGAAGUCUUGCACAUCGAGCGAACUGUCAGGGAAAUCAUGGCAUUGGCUGGACAAUUCUACAGUGCAUCUUGGUGGCUCAUUCUCCCCGACCCUACGCAAUCUAGCUCAAUGCGCGGCCCGUCCCCGGCUGAUGUCAGGACAAUGCUUUCUGAUAUUUGCACGAAUUCUGGCGCUGAGGUCAGUUUCGAUAAGCUAACCUUCACCAUUAACGGCUCGGAUGACUCUGUCAAAGCCGCUAUGAUGGUGAUCCAACAAAUUCCUUUCGUCAAGCGAACACCUUACCAGAUGCGUGUUAAGAUCGAGCUUGCGAACGAGCAUAAAGAGUUCGUCAGUGGCAAGAAGAAUGGCAAGAUCAAUAAGAUCAUGGGCCAAAGCAACGUUCAAAUUAUCUUCGACGGUUUCAACGAGUACAAUUUCUACAUUGACGUCUGCGGAACUCAAUAUGAUGCUACUAGGAAUGGGCUUGACCUCGUUGAGCAGGAAAUGCCUGCAUCAAUAUCGUUCCAUGUUCCUGACCAGUACCACAAGCGAAUCAUUGGCAUUGGGGGGCAACAUAUCCAACGCAUUAUGAAAAAAUAUUCUGUCUUCGUCAAAUUUUCAAACGCAAUGGACCGUGGAGGCGUCGGCAAGGAAGACGAUGACGUGAAAGUCGACAAUGUAAUCUGUCGGACCCCUGCUAGGAAUGCCCAGAACCUGGACUUGGUCAAGCAGGAGAUUAUGGACAUGGUCGAGAAAGUGGAUGCGGAAUUUGUCUCCGAGACCGUCGUUAUCAACCGCCUAUAUCACCGCGAACUACUAGUCCGCAUGUCUGAGAUUGAAGAACUUGAGAAGAAAUGGAACUGCAAGAUUGACUUCCCAAGCACUGAGUUGGCCAGCGAUUUUGUGACCAUUUCUGGGCCCGAAUAUCAAGUUCCUCAGGCUGUAGAUGCUUUCUUGGGUAUGGUUCCCGAAAGCCACGAGCUCUCCUUCCAAAGUUCUACAGAGCUCCGGGAAUUUUUCAAGUCUCCCGAGUUCUGCAACGAUGUCCGAGAAAAACUCAAGGAGCAAUAUGAAGUCGAUGCAGUUGUAGAUAUGAGUGCGGAACCACAGUGUUCCUCUGAGAACGAGCCUCCUCCAGAGGACCGCAUUAUUCUCGGAUAUACUCGGAACAAUGCUGGCGGACUCAAGGAUGCCAUUGACUUCCUCAUUUCUCGACUCGUGUCCCAUGGGCUUGAUGCCACCACCGUCAAGGGAGCCAUCCAGCGUCCAAAAUCAGACUCUUUUGAAGAGUCCUUGCCAUUUUUCGAUUCUAAAUUGCUACAACACGCCCCAGCUCCUCUAGUGACCGACUCCCCGACCCGCCACAAUUUCUCAGACGUCGCAAGCGACCGCGGUUCCAUCUUUGAACGCCUCCGUAAACCAGGCAGCAUCUCAUCGUUCUCGUCCUUCAUCGGACGCAAGAACCAGUCAGGAUCACCCGGUUCUUUCUUCAAACACGCCUCCAGCAACGCUUCCAAAGCGUCCCUCGUCUCCAUGGAGUCUCGUGAUAGUGGUUAUCGAAAUCCUUGGAACGACUCUGGCGUGAACCUCCCUGAGGACGACGUCCUGCACACCAACGGCUGGGCCUCUCGGUUUGAUAACAAAUUCCCCUUCGGCACGGCGCUGGGUGACAUGACCCCCAAACAUGACCUCCGCGCAUCUUUCGACAGUGGCCGUCCGAGUACCUCGAAUUCUACUUCUGGAUAUCCAGCUCCUAUCGGGCCACCCCGUUGA